UCAUGCAAACUUGUCCUCAGCCAAUAGUACAAUGGAAGAUCAGUUAGAAGAAGUUGAACAGAACAACAAUAAUAAUCAACACCAACUUCUUAAUCACUUCCUCUAUGGCUCUCCCAAUGGAGAUCAAACCAAUUCCCAUGGCUCAUCUAAUUCCCUUGAUCACCACCAACAAAGAGUUAAGAAGAAGCGUAAUCUUCCCGGCACUCCAGAUCCAAAUGCUGAAGUUAUUGCUUUAUCACCAACCACCCUAAUGGCUAGAAAUAGGUUUGUGUGUGAGAUUUGCAACAAGGGGUUUCAAAGAGAUCAAAACCUGCAAUUGCAUAGGAGAGGCCACAACCUUCCAUGGAAACUCCGGCAAAGAACCGGUGCCGAAGUGAAGAAAAGGGUUUACGUAUGCCCUGAACCAACAUGUGUUCAUCACAACCCGGCUCGAGCUCUGGGAGAUCUUACUGGAAUUAAGAAGCAUUUUAGUAGAAAGCAUGGGGAAAAGAAAUGGAAGUGUGAGAAAUGUUCCAAGAAAUAUGCAGUUCAGUCUGAUUUGAAAGCUCAUCAAAAGACUUGUGGCACUAGGGAAUACAAAUGUGAUUGUGGAACUCUCUUUUCCAGAAGGGACAGCUUCAUCACCCACAGAGCCUUUUGCAAUGCAUUAACAGAAGAGAGCAACAAACUAAAGCAAGGAAUUCUCAACAACAACAACAAUAACAAUAACAUAGAACCAAUCUCAAUUAUCUCCACUCCAAAGCUUCCUCAUUUUGGCACAUCAAUCAUGCCUGAAUUCAACCCUUACGAUCAAAAAAACCCUUUCAAAACCCUUCCCCAAGAACUCAACAACUCGACCCCCACCACCACCACAGGUGCACCCGGAGGGUUGUUUAUGGUCGGACCCAGAAGCAACAACAAUUCUUCCUCUUUCUCAAGCCUUAAGCUCAGCUCCACCACCUCUUCGCGCUUUAGUUGUCUUUAUGAUAGUAAAAAUGGCUGCCUUCAGGAUACCGGGACAGCAACAGCCACAUUGGUUACAUCGGCCACGGCACUGUUGCAAAAAGCUGCACAAAUAGGAGCAACUACAAGCUCUGUUGGUGUUUUGAAGUCUCCAUUGAUGGAAAUGGCACAUUCUGAUCAACCAGUAGACAUGGUAGGAAUGAACAAUAUGGGAAUGUAUGGACAUAUGAUGAUGAUGAAAGAACAGGAUCAUAACUGUAGUAACAACAACAGCUCUAGUUUUGUUGUCCCGGAAAAGGGACAGUGGCGACGGAUAUCGAGAUUUUCAGGUGGCGGUAGUGGAUCAGGGGAAGAGAAUCAUCAAAUGAUGACUUUAGAUUUGUUGGGAGAAAGAGGGUGGAGGUUGAGACAUUUGCAAGGAGAUCAUGAAAGUAGCCACCAUUAUCAGGGUCAGCAAGAGAUGGUGCCAAUUAUGAAGCAUUUUGAUCAGAUGCAAAACUUCCAUGGGGAUUCUUCAAAUGUUGACAAAUCCAUAUUUGAUUUUUGA